AUAAAUUUAAUGCCAUGCCUACCUAAGAGUUCCAAUACAGGGAAAGCUCAAACUCAAAGAGUUUCCACUUGUACCACCAUGCCCACCACCACCCAUGAUGGGCUCCCACCACUUCACACCCACAAGCCCUCUCGUCGAACCACCGCAAACCGUGUAUUCGUGGUGGUUCACUUUAGUGCCAUCUUAGCCCUGCUCUAUCGCCAUACACUCUCCCUCCUCCACUCCACAACCCUUACCUCUUUCUUCAUCACCCUCACCUUCCUCAUCUCCGACACUCUUCUUGCUUUCAUGUACACCACUAUACAAUCUUUGCGCAUGAAACCAAUUUAUCGCACUGAAUUCCCCGAAAACCUGAAAAGGGUUGUCGAAGAACCUGAUUUUCCUGCUUUGGACGUGUUCAUAUGCACAGCUGAUCCCUACAAGGAGCCACCAAUGAACGUGGUGAACACAGCCUUAUCGGUCAUGGCUUAUGACUAUCCAACCGAGAAGGUAUCAGUGUAUGUUUCAGACGAUGGCGGCUCAGCUCUGACUCUCUUUGCUUUCAUGGAGGCUGCCAAAUUUGCAAGCCACUGGCUACCUUUCUGCAGGAACAACAACAUAGUGGAACGCUGCCCGGAAGCUUAUUUUGAAACGGAUCAUUCUCGGUUUCCUGAAGCCGAGAAGAUAAAGAUUAUGUACCAAGGCAUGAAAGUGAAGGUAACCAAUGUAAUAGAGAGAGGCAAAGUCGAUCAGGAAUAUCUAACUGGAAAACGGGAAAUUCAAGCUUUUAACAAAUGGACGGAUGGAUUUACACGGCAAGAUCAUCCCGCUGUUAUUCAGGUUCUUUUGGACAAUAGCAAAGACAGAGACAUCACAGGCCAUCUGAUGUCAAACCUAAUUUACUUCUCUAGAGAAAAAAGCAGGACAUCACCCCACCAUUUCAAAGCUGGUGCACUUAAUGCCCUUCUACGAGUUUCAGCUAUCAUGACCAAUGCUCCAAUAGUCUUAACCCUAGACUGUGAUAUGUACUCCAACAAUCCCGAUACGCCACUUCGCACUCUAUGUUACCUAUCAGACCCUAAGCUUCGAUCCAAAGUAGGGUAUGUCCAAUUCCCUCAACGUUUUCAAGGAAUCAACAAGACUGACAUAUAUGCAAGUGAGUUCAGGCAUCUGUUCAUUAUCAACCCAUGCGGAUUCGAUGGGCUAUUAGGACCAAAUUAUGUAGGAACCGGAUGCUUUUUCUCCCGACGAGCAUUCUUCGGAGGGCCGUCGGAGCUUUUACCACCAGAAAUUCCCCAAUUGCACCCUAACAAUGUAGUUGACAAGCCCCUUCAGAAUCCAGAGGUUUUGGAAUUGGCAAAUCAUGUUGCAUCUUGCGACUAUGAGAACAAUACCACUUGGGGAUAUAAGAUGGGAGUAAGAUAUGGCUCACUCGUGGAGGACUACUUCACGGGUUAUAUCCUGCUUUGCGAGGGAUGGAAUGCCAUAUUUUGCAAUCCAGAGAGGGCAGCAUUUUUAGGGGAUGCCCCGAUCAACCUUCUUGAUGCGUUGAAUCAAAGCAAGAGAUGGGCCGUAGGCCUACUUGAGGUAGGUUUCUCAAAAUAUAGUCCAGUAACAUACGGUGUUCGGGCCAUGGGUCCUCUGAUGGGCCUUGGUUAUGCCUUUGGUUUUUGGGCCUUUUGGGCCAUUCCCAUCACCACAUAUGCCUUCGUCCCGCAGCUAGCGCUCCUCAAUGGGAUCACCCUAUUUCCAAAGGUUUCGGAUCCAUGGUUUCUCUUGUAUGCGUUUGUUGUCCUUGGAGCCUAUGGGGAAGAACUCGUUGAUUUUGUAUUAUCUGGAGGAACAUUCCUUAAGUGGUGGAAUAACCAGAGAAUGUGGAUUAUUAGGGGACUCUCAAGCUUCGCGUUUGGAUUCGUUGAGUACUUUCUCAAGUCCUUAGGCAUUUCCACACAUGGGUUUAAUGUGACCAGCAAAGUACUUGAUGAGGACCAAAGAAAAAGAUAUGAACAAGGCAUGAUGGAGUUUGGAGUCCCAUCUCCCUUCUUUGUGCCACUUACAGUGGCUGCCAUUGUCAACCUGGCUGCCUUUGCUUGGGGCCAUGUAGAGAUUUUCCGAGGCGGCGGUAGCUUCGAAGAAUUGUUUGUGCAGAUGUUUAUAGCUGGAUUUGGCAUAGUUAAUUGCAUACCAAUUUAUGAAGCCAUGAUCAGUAGGAAUGAUAAGGGAAAAAUUCCUACAAAAACUAGUCUGGUUUCAACAAUUCUGGCAUUUGUUCUCUACGCAGCGGCUUAUGUCACUCUGAGGAACUGAUGAUGAUCAACACUCUCAAAACUGUAUUUAGCCUUAGGGGUCUAAGGCAGCUUUGUGCUCUCUGCCCACACAGAUUUCUUAGUGUUCUACUGUCUACUCCACCAAUCUUCUUUUGCAAUUUGCAAAAUAAAAUUUGUAUUUUGGACCACUUUCCGUCCAUUGCGUUAGGUUUCCAUUAAGUAGGCCUUUUGAGAAGUUUCUACAUUUAUAAAAUCAAUCAAAGACUUUAAUGCGUUGUUCAAAGUUUA